GUCAUCGGACCUGUCAAUCAUCCGGUCGGCGCCCUUUGAUGUCGGGGCUCUUCGCCUUGUCUUGGGCUCAAAUGAGCUGUUUGCUGUUGUAGGGAAACAUUAGUCCUCUACCAACCAGCCAGCCGGGGACGGCACAUCUCAACUUUUUUUCUUACUGUGUGUGGUGGGGGUUUCUACACUUUGGAGGCGCCCCAGACUGAGGAGUUUAAAAAAAAGUCCCUUAAUUCUUUUCUUUAUAUACUUUUUUCUGUUGUUGUUCUUUUUAAGUGUAUAAUAUCGCAAAGGAGGUGGGAGAAGAAGACAUGCCUCAGCUCAGCAGCGGCGGCGGGGACGACCUGGGAGCGAAUGAUGAGAUGAUAGCGUUUAAAGACGAAGGGGAGCAAGAGGAGAAAAUUCAAGAAAACGCGUUCACGGAGAGAGACCUGGCCGACCUCAAGUCCUCUCUGGUGAACGAGUCGGAAAUAAAUCAAAGUCCGAACGCAGCGGCGGUGAGACGGGGACAGCAGGGUGAACAGAGGGGCUUCCCAGAAAAACACCGGGUGCAUCAUGACGGAGUGUCGAAGCAUCAAGAUGGAGGCAUGUACAAGACGCAGCCGUAUCCAGGGUAUCCAUUCCUGAUGCUGCCUGACCCCUACCUCCCCAACAGCUCUGUUUCUCCAUCUUCCAACAAAGUGUCUGUGGUGCAGCAGUCUCAUGGGAUGCAUCCGCUGACGUCCCUCCUGCCCUACAGCAACGAGCACUUCAGCCCUAGUCCUCCACACCUGCCCACAGACAUGAGCCAGAAGACAGGAGUUCACAGGCACCAGUCCCAGGACCUCUCGGGGUAUUACUCCCUCCCUCCAGGCGGCGUUGGACAGAUCACUCCCUCCAUGGGCUGGCAGAGCCAGCCAGUCUAUCCUGCCCUGUCCCCCUGUGGAUUCAGGCAGCCCUACUCCUCCAACCUCUCCAGCGCCGCCUCCUACUCCAGGUAUCGUAGCCUGCUGGUUGGACCAAGCCAGACCGAGCCAAGAAAGUUCCCUCACUCUCUGAUGCUAGGCCCGUCAGGCAUGCAUCCUACAGGGAUCCCCCACCCAGCCAUAGUGCCCCCUACAGGAAAACAAGAGCACGAUCAGUAUGACAGGGGCAUGUAUGUGAAGCCGCAUAUGGAGGCCAAGCGGGAGAAGGAGCCCAAGAAGCCGGUCAUUAAGAAACCCCUGAACGCCUUCAUGCUCUACAUGAAGGAGAUGAGGGCAAAGGUCAUCGCAGAGUGCACAUUAAAGGAGAGCGCCGCCAUCAACCAGAUUCUGGGAAGACGGUGGCAUGCACUGACCCGGGAGGAACAGGCCAAGUACUACGAGUUGGCGAGGAAAGAGAGACAACUUCACAUGCAACUCUACCCGACCUGGUCUGCCAGAGACAAUUACGAGGCGGGCCUUAGCGGGGUCGCAGGGGAAAAGAGUAAAGCUGAUUGGGGCAAAAAGAAGAGGAGGAAAAGGGAGAAAAUGCAGGACUCCAAUACAGACCCGGGCUCUCCUAAGAAAUGCCGGGCUCGCUUCGGCCUCAACCAACAAACGGACUGGUGCGGUCCUUGCAGGAGGAAAAAGAAGUGCAUUCGCUACCUUCAAGGAGGAGGCUGCCCCAGCCCAACUUCUUCAGAUUUAAGUGCUAUAGACUCUCCCCCGUCCCCCGCCCGCCACCGUCUCUACCAGCACCAGCUUCCCCCCUCCCCGGGCUGCUCCCCACCCACCUCUCCGUCAACACACCUCCCCUUGUCUCCGCCAGCACACACGCGCUCACACACGCGCUUACCCCUGCAGCAGUCUGCCGGCAAGCGCAGCGACCUUCGUCAGCCCGCAACCAAACACACACACACACACCUGGAUCUGACCGGCAAGCAGACGCACAGCUCGACGACGGCGCCGCUGUCGGCCGCCAAGGCCGCAGGACUCUCUCUCAAUGUGCUAACAGAGUCUCAGUGAUCACUCUGGUCCGCUCACAUCCCUGACCCCCUUCACCUCAGCUUCUUCCAGAGCCUGAAGUCCAUCAUUCUCACAUUAUUCAUAACCUUUUUAUUCCUUUUUUGUGGAUUUAAACUAAAAUAGGAGUGACUGACUGUGGCAAGGUGGUGCAGUGGUGACAGCCUGCAUCCGCCCUGCUCGGUAUCCCCAGAGUAAGAUACUAGCUGUGUCUCAGUUCAAAGGCUAGUCAUUGUUUCUAGAAAAACACAUAAAUAGCAGGUCAAUGAGGCCUGUUCUUCCUCAAAACCCCCUUUAAUUUGUCAAUUAUUUAAUGUAGCAUUCAGGCAACCCUUGUCAGCCUGCAAGUCUGGAAAUAUUUGGCAGAUGUGUGGUUCAUCAAUCGUUGGUAAAUUGGUAGCAGCUUGCACAUGUUAGUAAGGUUAGUAUUAACCAAUAUCCAUACAGUAAUCCUACUGUACAAUUGUAACUUCCUGGUCAUGAACCCAGUUGCUGACAAGGAACACCUGCGUGUGAAGGUCUGUGAGGCUGUCAUUUGGAAGAGAAGACUGUCAGGUGGUCCACUGAACGAUCGGACCCACAUCCUUGGGAGGAUCCAACCCCUGAAUUGGGGAUUGAGCCCUCACCAGUCAGCAAGAGUUCGAGCUAUACAGAGGCAGACCCGCGCUGAAUGAAUCUGGUGCCUAAAGACUUGUGCUUCUUUGGCUCCAUCUGCUGCAGUUCAACUAAACUAGAGCAAUUAGUUCUGCCUCGUGAGAAACAAUUUUACAACUAAAAAUCCCAAGCCUCUAUUAUUUUCCAACCAGCCCAUUGCUUUGAUCUCCAUGACAAUCACACAAAAUGUAUGUUAAAUGAGCCCUUUGUUAAAUGAAUCACAUCAUCACUGACUCUUCUUCAGUGUUGUAGGUUUACAUCUACCAUUAUAUCUCAGACCAAGCGAAAGGGGAGCAGAGACCAACAACCUUGCCUCUAAAGACUCUUUUUAGCUGCAAUUUUGUCAAGAGUACAACUUGCAUUUCAUUCCAUUUCUAAACAUUUUGUACAACUACCUGUGUGCAGCCCUCAAGCAAAGACAGUAAAAAAGUCAAACCAGGUUCAUACAUGACAAGACUCUCCCCAACUGCAAGAUAUGUAAUUUCUUUUUGGCACUUUCAGUCUCUCACUAUAUCAGCUGUUACAUUUUUGUAUUGUCUUCUCCAAAAAAUAAUGAAUUUUGUGACUUUUCAGAUGUCAGUUCAGGUGUUUUGCUGGGGGUGAAACCCUCAAAGAUCAGUGAUUUUUUUUUUUUUCUCCUUUGAACAUUUUGUAGCUCCAUGAACUAAUGAGACCAAAUGGGUACUAUUAUAUUGCAUUGUGUUGUAAAGUUUUAUAAAUGUUGGAAUUCCCUAUUAUAAUUAAACUUUUAUAUGUUUUAUGUAAAAAAAAAAAA